AGUUGGGUUUCCUUUUUCUCCUAGUUUCGCUUUGAUUAGAGUUUCCAUAGUUAAAUUGAAUGCGUGAUUAGAAGCGGAUCGGAGAUUCUGGAUGAAGAUAAUGGAGUAAUGGGGAAAGGAGGUGGAAGGCCAAAGGAACUUGAAGUGUGGAAACACGUCACUGUAUUGGAAGGAAAGGAGAAGAGGGUAAAGUGCAAUCACUGUGGAUUUGUAUUUGCAGCAAGUAAUAAUCGAAUCAAAUCGCAUAUUAAUCAAAUUAAGUGUAAGGGUAUUCGACCGUGUGCUCCUGUUGCCUACAAGGGCACCAGCCAGAAACAAGAUCUCCAUGAUUCGCAAGGUUUACUAACAAUGGAUAAACCAAGAGAUUAUAACAGACUCAAUGAAAGAAUGAUUGAUUGUUACAUGUCCCCUAAAACAAUGUGGGAAGGGAUAAAGGCUCUCCAGCAAGAAAACAUCGACACAAAAGCUAUGCAUCAAGAGAGGAUUAAAGUCGGUCCUUUUUAUGUUUCCAAUAUUGUGAAUGAACCUGACUUGCAGUUGAUACAAUAUGUGUUUGAGAAUUAUUCAAGGUUAGAUUCAUGUGCUCAUAACUAUAUGACUGGUGUUUUUGUUUGUGUGUAUUUUAAUCUGAAGCAUGGUUAA